AUGUCGUAUUCCCAAGCACCACCAACAUACACGGGCCCAAAAACCCAUUCGGGUGGCUAUCAAGCCAUCUCGCAAGAGGACAAUCCGGGAAGCUCUUCUCAACCUUUGCUACAUGAUGCUCCUCGUGAAGAAGGCGAUAUUGAUCCGGAUGAUUUCAAAUUUGGUGUUACGGUAGAACAAAGUUCACCUGAAAUUCGUCAAAUGUUCUUGAAAAAGGUGUAUUCCGUUCUAUUCAUUCAACUCCUCGCGACCACGGUUAUGGCUGGCAUUUUCAGUACCCCAACAGUUACAACAUGGGUUCGCCAAAACACAUGGUCUUAUAUUAUCAGCAUGAUCGCAAGUAUUGUUACUAUGGGAUUUCUUUUCUUCAAACGCCACUCUCAUCCUCUCAACUUUGUCUUGUUGGGAUUAUUCACAACAUUUGAAGCUUUCUCUCUCGGCUUGAUCGUUUCAUACGUCUCACAAACAGUCGUCUUGCAAGCAUUGAUCAUCACACUUUUCACGUUUUUGGGAUUGACUUUGUUCACUUUUCAAUCAAGAUAUGAUUUCAGCAAAAUGGGUCCUUGGCUAUUCGGAGGCUUACUCUUUUUGGUCGGUGCCGGUUUUGUGCAAAUCUUUUUGCCAUUCAGUCAAGCUAUCGAUAUCGCUUUUGCCGCUGGAGGUUGUUUGAUCUUUAGUGGAUACAUCAUCUACGAUACACAUAUGAUCUUGAAGAGGCUAUCUCCCGAAGAAUGGGUUCUCGCUGUUGUAUCGCUUUACCUUGACAUUCUCAACCUCUUCAUCAGCGUUUUACGUAUUCUUAACGGAACCUCAAACGAUAAUUAG